AUGCCUCAAUCAAAUUCAGCUUCACUCGUUUCAAAACUGCAAACUCCAUUGAUCUCAUCAUCAAAAUCUAUAGUUAAUGUCCAAGCUGUUUGUACUUUGUAUGGAGAUGGUGUCACUGGCUGCAUACGCUUCUCUCAACCGAUCGGCUCAAUUCACGUCAAAAUUCAAGGCGAAAUUCAAAACUUGCCACCGAAUACAAAACAUGGUAUGCAUAUUCAUACCUUCGGUGAUCUGUCGGAUGCUGGUCCACAUUACAACCCUGAAAAUAAAGGUCACGGCGCACCAUUUGAUCUUGAACAUCGUCACAUGGGUGAUCUAGGCAAUAUUGAGUCAAAUCAAGAUGGAAUAGCCAAAUUUGAGAUCAUGGAUCAGAAAAUAACACUGUUUGGUCCAUACACAAUUAUUGGACGAUCAUGUAUUAUCAGUGAAAAAGAAGAUGAUUAUGCGAGGGGUGAAACAGAAGAUAGUAAAUUAAAUGGAUCGACUGGCGCAAAAUUGGCAUCUGGCAUUAUUGGAAUAGCAAAUAAUGUUGCAUAA